AUGAGCGUUGACCUCUCUCCACCUGAGUUGGGCUUCAAGCGUACGUGACCGCGGACGCCGAUGCUAUCUCAAUGGCCAGCUUGCUAACAAUGCGCUUCCAGGCCCCUUCACCCACGAGGUCAGCCAAGUCCUGCGACUGCGCAACCCGAAUAACGCCCCCGUUGCCUUCAAGGUCAAGACUACCGCUCCCAAACAGUAAGUAUACCCGUACUUCGAGCAAUUGCGUUACCGAGGUGGCCGCAGGACAAUUUCCGAUUAAAAGCCUGGUGGCUGACAAUGGUCAAUACAGAUACUGCGUUCGUCCCAACUCCGGCCGCAUCGAGCCUGGCCAAGAUGUCGAAGUUCAAGUGCUUCUUCAGGCCAUGAAGGAGGAUCCUCCGCCAGAUGCCCGCUGCCGCGACAAGUUCCUCGUACAAUCCGUCGGCAUCUCUCCCGAGCAGGACGUCAACAAUGUCACCCAGAUCUGGCAAAAUAUCGAGCAGACUGCGAAGACUUCGAUUCAAGAGAAGAAGAUCCGCGUUACAUUCCUGCCUGCUGACGGAACUGCUUCUGUCGCGACUAACGGCGUACACCACGAUGAUGAGCCCCCAGCGUACUCUUCACCUUCUCCUGCCGCUGUCACCCCGCAACGCUCAGCCGCUCAGAUCGACCGAAGCCCGCUCGCAGACUCAACUGCAGAUAUCACACACUCUGCCAUGGCCGCGGUUUCGAACACGACCGGCAUCAGCCAAGACGAUAUGCGCCGACAACUCGACGAGGCGAAGGCGACGAUUGCGCGACUACAGCAGCAGGCUGCAGAGUCUACGGGCCUCCGGCAGCGUAAGACGGGCGGAGAGACGACAACCGCGAAUAAGACCCAACCGGCAAGCAUGCAGUCCGCACCUCCAGCAGGCGGCGUGCCUGUACAGAUCGUCGCCGCGCUCUGCCUCAUAUGCUUCUUGAUCGCAUACCUAUUCUUUUAG